AUGAAAGAAUUACAUGUUGCAAGAUCCUAUGCCACAUCUUGUUCGGAUAAAAAAUCCAAUGGAUCUUGCAUUAACAAACCUAUGGAAUGGCCGAGUGGAAAUCUGGCCAAGUUCAAGUUUCACGAGGAAACUGAAGCUAUAUUAAACGAGCAGAUAAAUGCUGAACUAAAAGCUUUUUAUUACUAUCUUUCUAUGGCUGCAUAUUUUGGUCGCGUCGACGUAGCAUUGCCGGGUUGCGAAUCGUUUUUCAUGCAAAUGCAUCACGAGGAGCACGAACACGCUCUCAGAUUUGUAAAUUACGUUAAAAUGCGUGGAGGUCGUGUUAAUUUGUCCUCGGUACAGCAUCCCACCGAUCAAGAUUGGAAAUGUCCGCUGCAUGCGUUCAAAACGGCUUUGGAUUUAGAAAUUGAAGUAAGUGAGAAGCUGGUAGCAGUAAAUACAAUAGCGGAGAAGCAUAACGAUUUGAAUGCAAGUGAUUUCAUAGUUACCGGAUUUAUGGAAGAUCAAAUGAAGAGUGUUAACGAAAUGGCAAAAUUUCACGCUGUUCUGUCUGGAAUUGGCGAUCACGCAUUGGCACGUUUUAUGUUUGACAAAGAUUUACUUCAGAAUCAUGUUCAAUCGAAAUUCAAUGUUCUCCGAGUAACAUCGCGCCAAAAUGAUAUUGAGAAGUAGGUAGUACCAAUUAGAUAAAAAAAUUUGACACCGCGCAAAUGCAUGAA